CUGGCGGCGUUUGAAGGGUGGGCCACCGAACACGUGAUCGUGGCGGCAGUGUUCUCGCCGCCUCGGCGGCUGCCGAAGAGACGCGCAAUUAAUGUCUGGACUGAUCCCGCUGCAUGUCGCGUCCGCCGGCAGCUGAUUCCAAGCACCGAACUGCAGCUUUUGCAUUACGCAGCGCCUCGGCCUGCAGCCCACCCGCACGGCCGGCGCAUCCGUCACGCCCGCGCCCGCCACACUCGACACGAACCCCCUCGGCACGCCCUGUCAAGAACCUUGCACGGUCUGUCCUUUUGGCGUAUAAAUUGCUGCCUCUGAUGCGUGUUCCCCCAUCACACCAGUGCACAACGCCAAUCCUCCAUUCCAUCCCUCAUCUGCGUUUUUAACUCUCAUCUAAGCGAACCCCCACCCCACGAUGUCGAAGCCAGACGGCAUGAUGAACCACCACUACCUCCACCACCAGUGGGGCAUGCGCCCCUUCCGCCACCGCGGCGGCCGCUUCUUCCCACGCCUCUUCUGGUUCGUCGUCGGCGCCGCCUCCGCCAGCUUCUGGAUCAAGACCCACCAAGCCGCCGACUGGAAGGACCGCCAUUGCUGGCGCGCAUGCAUCUCACAGAAGGCCUACCCACCACCCGGCGAGAAUGCUGCUGCUACCAUGGACACCGAGCGGCGCCGUGCCUGGGGCGGUUGGCACCAACAUGAUGGCCCUUGGGGACGGAAGGACGGUCUCGCCGAUAAUGCUAAUGGCACGGACGGCGAGCGGCGCCGCGGCUGGGGCGGCUGGCACCACCACCACGAUGGUCCUUGGGGACGGAAGGACGCUCCCGCCGCCGGACCGACGCAGGAUGCUCAGCAGGCGACGUUGCCUGCGCAGUCACCACCGCUCAUCCAGCCACCGCACGUCCCGCCCCCGCCGAUGCCCUCGGAUCGCUGGGACGAGGACAGGCAGCGCAUCCAGGCCCUUGGCAAGCAGGCGACCGACACCAUCUCCGAGCUAUCGGAAGCGACGCUCGACUCUGUGCUUGCGACGGUGCAGAAUCUCAAGAUGAAACUGGCGGAGAACCGCGCACAGCGCGAGGAGCACAUGAAACAGAUGCAGGCCCUGAAGGACGACCAGAUGAAGAUGUUCGAGGAGUGGAAGAAGCAGUAUGAGCAGAAGCGGGAGCAGGAGAAGUCGUCCGAGCCCCGACACCUCGUCUAG